GGCAUGGGCUUCGAAGUUCCAACUUCCAAACAGCAACAGCUAGCCAUCAAUCCAAAUUUCCAAUCUUUGGUAUUCGAUGCGACUCCUUUUCACCCUCACCCCCCUUUCUCUCCCUCCUCCCAUCAACGCAACCCUCUCAAAUUCGUUCUGAUUUUGAAUCCUUUUAAAACUUGUCUAAAUAAUGUUCAAUAAGAUCAUCAAGCGCGCCCACGCCCACAAGAAAUCUGCCAAAUCGGGACACCAUGAAAAUUCCUCCAAUGGACAACAAUUCUACGAAGUUGUUAUGAAACAUGCCUCUCGAACCGCCACCGCCACCGCCACCCCCGCCGCCGCCAAUUCCGACCCUGUCCCCUCUCCUUCCCCUGUUCCUCUUCCCCGUCCUCUCGUAAUCGAGCAUCUUCCGCCACUUCGGGAAGUUCCUUCUUCCGAACGCCCUAGCUUGUUCCUCCGAAAAAUUCAGCUUUGUUGCAUCUUGUGUGAUUUCUCUGACGUAUCGAAGAACGCAUCCGCUAUUGAAAUCAAACGCCAAACACUCUAUGAGCUUGUUGAUAUCGUCCAAUCUGGCUCCUUCAAAUUCACCGAAAAUCAAGAUGAUUUGGUUAAGAUGAUUUCCGCGAACAUCUUCCGAUGCUUGCCUCCGGCGUCUCAUGAAAACACGGCGACUGAAACCGGUGAUCCCGAAGAAGAUGACACGUUUUUGGAGCCUUCUUGGCCGCAUCUUCAACUUGUGUAUGAGAUUCUGUUGAGGUACAUUGUGUCACCUGAGACUGAUAUAAAGAAUGCUAAGCGCUAUAUCGAUCAUAUCUUUGUUUUGAAGUUGCUUGACUUGUUUGAUUCCGAGGACAUGCGUGAGCGCGAGUAUUUGAAAACCAUUCUUCACCGCAUAUAUGGAAAAUUCAUGGUUCAUAGGCCCUUUAUAAGAAAAGCCAUCAACAAUGUGUUCUAUAGAUUCAUAUUUGAAACACAGAGGCAUAAUGGUAUAGCUGAGCUUCUUGAGAUUCUGGGGAGUAUCAUUAAUGGCUUUGCAUUGCCUAUGAAAGAAGAGCAUAAACUGUUCCUAAUUCGAGCCCUUUUACCGCUUCACAAGCCGAAAUCGGUGCACGCAUAUCAUAACCAAUUGGCUUAUUGCAUUGUUCAGUUUGUUGAGAAAGAUAACAGGUUGGCAGAACCUGUCAUCAAGGGGAUGUUGAAGUACUGGCCAGUAACGAAUUGUCAGAAAGAAGUUCUUUUUCUUGGAGAGUUAGAAGAGGUUUUGGAGUCAACUCAACCUGCUGAGUUUCAAAAAUGCAUGAUCUCUCUUUCCAGGAAGCUUGGGCAAUGCCUCAACAGUCCUCACUUUCAGAUUGCUGAACGAGCACUUUACUUAUGGAACAAUGAACACAUUAUAAGUUUAGUAGCUCAGAAUCGAAGCGUGAUAUUACCAAUAAUCUUUGAGGCAUUGGAAAGGAACAUGCAAAGUCACUGGAACCAAGCAGUGCAUGGACUAACAGUGAACGUGAGGAAAAUGUUUAUGGAGAUGGACACCGAACUCUUCGAAGAAUGUCAAAGGCGGUACUUGGAGAAGGAAGCCGGGGCAAGAGAACAGGAGGAGAAGCGGGAGUUAACAUGGAAGCAACUGGAAGCAGUGGCUGCGCAAGCCGUGAUUGGUUAAUUCAUGUAUUGGUGCUGCAACUCUUCUUUUUAACACGUUGUUGUGCCGAAAACCGUUGCAUAGUUGGAGGUUGGAGGUUAGAGUGGAAGAACUUCUAAUUUUAUUUUUAAUUACAAAAGGGGUGGUGAACAAGAUGUGCAAAUUAACAAGCUUGCGAGCCCUGUUCCUUACUGAACAAGGGUCACACGGUUUUCCUUUGAAUACGUUCCUCUUUGCUCUUUGCUUCAUUCAUUAUAAUCCUUUGUCGAAGUCUUAAUUGUAAAUACAAACCUGUUAUCUUUCGUUGCUCUUUUACA